CAUCACCUAAACUGCCAAUAGUCGCGCAUCUCUACAGUAGCCUAUGGAAACUUCAGACGCUUAUCUCAAGAAGCCAAACUGGAUCGGUGUAACAGCGCAAAUAUUACCCAGACUCUAAAGUCUGAGACACCACCGCCACAAUAACCACGAUGAAAAUCGAAUGACUGGGGACACAAUUUUGAACUUUAAAACAAAGUUUUACAACAAUGAAGUUCGUGGACUCAAGGGUAUGGGGUCUAUUCAAAAGCAACUGGCAACAUACUCUAACUUACUGGAGUGUCUUCUUCAGUUUUGGGUUGUGCGUGGCAUUCCUAGGUCCGACCAUUCUGGACCUGCGCUGUCAAACGCAAUCAAGCCUGCAGGAGAUUACCUGGGUUUUCUUUUCCCAGCAGUUAUUUCUUUUUCUUGGCAGCUCCAUCGGUGGCCUCUUCAGUAAAUCACUAAAAUGCUCGUUGUCAGCAUUGGCCGUCUCCACCCUGGUCAUCUCGGUCGUCUUCGCCAUGAUUCCCCUCUGUCACAGGGUGAUGGCACUGGCCGUAGCCAUGGCAGUGGCUGGACUGGCCAUGGGUAUCAUCGACACAAUAGCCAACCUUCAGCUGGUUAAACUGUACCAGAAAGAUUCUACCAUAUUCCUUCAGGUACUUCACUUCUUUGUUGGGCUGGGGGCAUUGGUGAGCCCCCUGAUUGCUGACCCAUUCUUGUCAGAGACGCCCUGUGUGCUGGCCAAUCAGACCAACAGAUCCACCACAAUGCGCCACAUCAGGAACACGCUAGGCGGUCUCCCUACCCAUAACGUGUCCCACUACCCAUUCCACACUGAGGGGGAGGUGGUUACCAACAUCUCCUAUGCUUUCUGGAUAAUGGCACUGAUCAAUCUACCUGUUCCGAUGGGUGUGUUAAUACUCAUGUACAAAGAGAGGAUGCUGGGCUGUGGCAACGGUGCCAGGACCCGUCUGCUGGAGAAAGACAAGCUGGACAUGAGGGUCCGGGGGUCGACUGCCUCAACAGCCUCCGCAUCCCAAAGCAACAUGGAUUACCGGAGUCUGUUUAGCUGUUGUCGUUAUGGAGACCAAAGUGGACAGCCACUGGGAUUUGUUGGCAUCCAUGUCCUGGGAGGACUAGUGCUAUUCUUCUCUGAUGGCAUUGUGGGUGCCUAUGAGGGGUUUGUGUACUCGUACGCUGUGGCUGAGCCUCUGUCUAUGCCCCAUAAAACGGCCGGUUAUCUGACCAGUGUCUUCUGGGCAGCCAUCACAGUGGGCCGACUGGCAUCCAUACCAAUGACCUACUACUUCAAACCCAGCCGCCAACUCACUGUCAACCAGGUGGGAGUGAUAUUCACCUUGUUGAUGCUACUCAUGCUGUACUCCAGUGCUGCAUUCCUGUUUGUGGGGACUCUGGCUCUGGGACUCUGUAUCAGCAGUGUCUAUCCUUGCAUGCUGGCCUACACUGAGGACAUGCUGAACUACAAAGGUUGUGCCACCACCGUACUUGUGACCAGUGCCAGCAUGGGUGAGAUGCUUCUCCAGUUGCUUGUGGGAUCUGUCAUGCACAGUAAGGGCAGCUACAGCUUCAUGGUGUGUGGAGUCAUCUUCAGCUUCCUGGGCCUCUGCUCCUUCCUCGCUUUCCUGUUCUGCUGGCGGGUUUACAGGUCCCAGUCGUCAGGUGACGCUGAGAAGAACACAAUGGCAGAGAAGGCCGACGUUGGCUGAGGUGGAGGUGUGGCACAGUGGUAUGGUACAAGGAGAGGCAAGGGAGGGAUGGUGAAAAGAAGAGAACAAGAGAGAAACGGCAAGCUGCUGGCGGCGGGGCUCGUCCUUCAAUUCGCUGUGAAAUCAAAAUUGCACUCAAUCAACGAUAAAAGAUGUAAAUAAUUACCAAAUCUUUUUUUUUUCCUCCACCACCUAGUGAAAGGAGUGAACUGAAACUGUAAAUUGUUUUACAUAUGAUGUCACGAAUGAAUCCAUUUAUUUUUGUACAAAUAACAAAAAUACAACUCA